GGACUGUGACAAAAGUAAAUCAUGAAUUGUGGAGUUUGAGGAAAUAUGCAUGCAAUCACCCCUCUGACGACCUGGGAAUGCCAAAGACAGACAUGUUCAAGGCAUGAGUUCCUGAAAAAAGCCAAUGACAUUCCUGAAACAAUUAUUCUCCUCGACACCAAUUACUCCGCAAACUUGAACUUCAUCUCUCAUGGACAGUUUAGUUUCGUGGAGUAAAUGAUGGAGCAGGAUAGUAAGCAAGCAAAUUUGAAAACAAGUCUACGUGUACUCACGAAAUCGUAACGGGGGACUCAGCAUCCGCCUUUUGAAGAUCAAGUCGUUGACCUAUGUACCGUCUUCGAAGUGCAACAGAAAUUAGAUAUUGGAAGACAUAUAGUACAAUCUCUCACCAACUGUUGGUAGGGUCAGAGAUAUGAACUGAACAUUUACAGACCGUGUUUUGUAGCAAUCUUUGGGAUUAUCCACAAGGAAAAAAAUUACGAUUGUCGUGGAUGCACUAUAGUUUGAUCAUCUAAGUCAGAAUAGGCUGUAUUGAAAGCUGUGAUAGAAUAAUUGAUGACCAGAUUCCUAAAUUUCCAAACCUCGCA